CAGUCUCGUUUGUCCCACGUGCGUCUCCACUCCUCGUCUCCGACUCGAUCCAUCCCGCGUAAACAGAUCCGAUUCCGCGUUCCGCAGGGAUUUUGCAUCCAACUGCACUCGUGCAAAAGCGCAAACAGAAAAAAAAGUCAUGAGGCUUUACGCGACCAAACGAUACAAACAUCAUUUUGGAGAGCGGUAUUAUUAGUUAUCUUAUCUUAAUUGUACUUGGACGCACAAAUUGAUGUUCGGAACCGUUAGGAUAGUUCGUCAGUAUAGUGCUCCUCCGAUUGAUUUCAACAUCGCUGCAGUGAUUUUUCUUCGUGUUUGAAAGUUUCGGUGAUUUUUCCGCUCUUGAGAUGUUCGGGGGUUGAUUGGUGAAAUUUAGUUUUAUGCAGUGCGAAACAGGACUAACUGAUAAUGGUUCUCGCCCGAACCACGCUAUGGUACAUAGCGUUUUGCGGAUUCGCGGUGAAUUACAUGAUCCGGCUCAACAUAAACAUUGCCAUCGUUGGCAUGGUGAGACCGAAACGUCAAAGCAUAGAAGUGACGAAUUUUGCCCAAGUGGGUAACGCAACUGAUACACAACAAGACAAUGUUACUCACUCUGGCCUGGAGACGACACAUUUCCUGACUGGACCUUUAAAAGGCAGCCUGAACGUUACGGAGGUGGAUCUAGCUACAAAUUUGAAUGAUCUAAAGAGGCUGGACAACUUAUUCGAAUGGGACGAGAUCCAGCAAGGUCAUGUUUUGGGAGCAUUUUUUUGGUUGCACUGGGUGUCGCAAGUCCCGGGCGGUAUGUUGGCACGUAAAUACGGAACGAAGAAAGUCUUUGGACUGGCCAAUUUAUGCAUAAGUCUCAUGGCUUACCUCAUACCCUUCUGCGCAAAAUGGAGCUUUGGGGCUUUGGUGGCUAUUAGAAGUUUACAGGGGAUCGUCAGCGGGUUUUCAUGGCCUGCCAUGCAUCACAUGACUGCGAUAUGGAUUCCACAACACGAGAGGAGUAAAUUCGUCUCUGCUUACUUAGGAAGCUCUUUCGGAGCAGCGCUGACCUAUCCUCUAUGCGGGUUCAUCAUGGACAAACUGUCCUGGGAGUGGGUGUUCCACAUCACGGCGACGAUAGGGGUCGUGUGGUACGCGUUUUGGUGCUGGUUGGUCUACGACACCCCCGCCCAACACCCGACCAUCUCGGCCAAGGAGAGGGAGUAUAUCCUCAUGAGCAACGGGGGAAUGACGCAUCAGAGGAAGAUGUUACCUCCAGUUCCAUGGCGAGAGAUAUUAACGUCCACUGCUGUGAACAUGAAUGUCAUCGGGCAGUUUGGCGGCAUAUGGGGGUUGUUCACCCUUAUGACCCAGGCUCCGACGUACCUCAAAGUCAUUCAUGGCAUCAACAUUAAAAUGAAUGGCAUUUAUUCCGGAUUACCUCAUUUAUGCCGGUGGGGAUUUUCAUACGGGUUUGCAAUUUUCUGUGAUAAACUACUACGAAGCGGUAGAUUUAGCAAAACUCUAGUCCGAAAAAUAGCAACAACGUUCAGUACCAUUAUUCAAGGGCUGUUAGUGUGGGGUUUGGCGUAUUCGGGCCACAACACACCCCUCGCAAUAUUCUUCCUCGUGACAGCCACCAUGGUCAACGGGGCCGUUUCUUCCGGGCCUCUGGCCAGUUUGGUUGACCUCAGUCCAAAUUUCGCAGGUGUUCUGCAAGGGAUAAGUGGGAUGAUAAGCGUGUUCCCUGGAUUCAUUUCUCCGGUUGCGGUUGCUUAUCUCACAUUAGGAAGUCAAACGGUGGAGCAAUGGCAAAAAGUAUUCGUCUUGUCGACGGCGAUAAUGGUCAUCUCAGGAGUCAUAUACGACGUUUUCGCCACAUCCGAACUGCAGCCGUGGAACGACGGUAGCAAGUCUACGGACGACAAAGCGGAAAAAAUGAAAAUUGUGCAACCUAUCGUUAAAAGCCAAAUUGUCAGAAUACUACCGAUUAAUGAAAAACCAACAGACCAUGAUAAAGAGGAGGAUUUUUAGGGAAAAUUUUCUCUUGACAGGACCCGUGACAUAAAAGCAACGGAGACGCCUCCGGCUUCUCGUUUUCAUUUGAUAUGAUGUUCUUUACGAUCCCUCGUGAGCUGAUUAUUUAAAUUGAUGGACAAAAAUAUAGACAAAGAAUACAUAGGGAGUAUGCAGCGAUCCUAUUCUUCCACGCUAAGGAAAAACGACGUAUGAACAUUCGAGAGUUGUCAAGUUUCCUUUGAUGAAAUGUUUAUUUUUGAGGAAAAUAUGAAUAUUUUUCCUUGAAAUUUUCAGAAGCCUUUGAUCAAAAUACAAA